AUGGUUCCACGACUUUGCAGUUCUGGCCAAGGGGGCAGUGCAUCUGGCCUUGGCCGUAGCAUCAGUGGCCGUGGAGGUGGUCGACCACCAGGCUCUUCAUCAGCACAUCGCCAUGCGCAUGCCCAUACCCAUGCCCAUGUUCAUCCUCAUUCGCAUGGUCAUGGCACCUCUGGCCAGAGUGGAGUUGUUGAAAGCACCCAGCAGGAUUACACUCACCCAACGCGCAUCCAAACUGGACUUGGCCAUCAUGGACACCAUCUCUUGACAAGCGGGAUCUCAAACACUUCCGGGCAUCGAACACUUGCCUCGACUGUCACUGCCUCCAAUUUUACUCCUUCGUACUCUUCUGGUUACUUGGGAGUAAAUUCAGGUCCUGUUUCCGGAUCAGCGGCUAUCGCCAAUAUUGCCUCGUUCACUUCCCCUGAUCCCGGGAGUGGGCCUACUUCUAUCUCACCAACAGCUGGGGGCAGAGGGGCAUUUUCCAACACUAUUAUAAUGGACACUAGUUCAGGCACUUCAGGCCCUCCAUCUGUCGCAUUGGGCGAGGUAAGGUGGUCUUGA